GGCCGAGGCUCCGGCGCUGCCGUUGACUUUAUUAGGGAAAAGCAAGGUGCUCCGGAGCGGCCGGGAGGCGAGUGGGGCCGGGGAAGCGUCCCAGCCAGGGGACGGUGGGCUGCGGCAGGUCUUGGCUCCGGGGGCGAGCGCUUGAUCCCAUGGUGCCGAUUGAAGAGCGGAGGAAGGACUGAGAUGCCCCGGCGAGAGCCUUUCACCGGCCACGUGAGGACCCGGGAGCGAAGGAGAUGAGUCGGGAGGGUGAUGGCAUGGGUGACGUCAUCAGGAAAGCAGCCGCGCCGGCCGGGGAGGGCAGUUAUAAAAAGGCCCAGAAGAAUGAGCGUGAGUCCAUCAGGCAGAAGUUGGCUCUGGGCAGUUUCUUCGACGAUGGCCCGGGACUUUACACCAGCUGCAGCAAGAGCGGCAAGCCAAGCCUCUCCUCCCGAUUACAAAGUGGGAUGAACCUGCAGAUUUGCUUCGUGAAUGACAGCGGCAGCGACAAGGACAGCGACGCCGACGACAGCAAGACAGAAACCAGCCUGGACACGCCGUUGUCACCCAUGAGCAAGCAGAGCUCGUCCUACUCCGACAGAGACACGACGGAGGAAGAGUCGGAAUCCCUCGAAGACAUGGAUUUCCUCACCAGGCAAAAGAAACUUCAAGCUGAAGCCAAAAUGGCCUUGGCUAUGGCGAAGCCCAUGGCCAAAAUGCAGGUCGAGGUGGAAAAGCAGAACAGGAAGAAAUCGCCGGUAGCGGAUCUUCUGCCACAUAUGCCUCAUAUAAGUGAAUGCCUGAUGAAGAGAAGUUUAAAACCCACUGAUCUAAGAGACAUGACUAUCGGGCAGCUACAAGUGAUAGUCAAUGAUCUCCACUCACAGAUAGAAAGCUUGAACGAGGAGCUGGUGCAGCUGCUGCUCAUUCGGGACGAGCUGCACACGGAGCAGGACGCUAUGCUGGUGGACAUCGAGGACCUGACCAGACACGCCGAAAGUCAGCAGAAGCACAUGGCAGAGAAGAUGCCGGCAAAGUGAACCCCGGAGCCCCGGGAGCAGAGCUCGAGCGAGACUUCAUUUUGCUUCUGUGUGUGUCCCAGCGCUGAUGUCCACGGUGGCGCACAAGAAAACCAGUGUUAGUCAUUGACCAUGUCUGAAGCUUUAUGUCCGGUGAUUGGCCUCUGCUUCUUAAUUUAUUUUAAUUUUUUUACUCGUGCCACUAAAUAUCAGGCAUUUUAAUAAUAUUAUUACAGAAAAUGUACAGUACUUAUAACAUUAUAAAUCAUGGGUGAGAAGAGAGGGUAGUUUAACUUUAUUUUUGUUUGUUUAGAGAUUUUCAGUUGAAUGAUAUUUUACCAUUGACUACUUUUUUAUUCUUCACUGUAGUUUUAAAAUAAAGAAACUGUACUUGACGGUGCUAUACAAGUCAAAAAAAUACAUGCCUGCCUCGUAGUGAAGUUGUAGCUUUGAGUAAUAUGUAUAUUUUAAUCAGUUUUCAACAUUUUGUGAAUGUUGACUACCUGACAUUCAUUUUUAGAUGUGCUAUUAACAUUCGGUUGGAUUCAGAGAGUUACCUUGAAAGUUUUAUGUAUAAAUAUGUAAAAUAAAAAUGAAAACAAUUGUUUCAUAUGA